AUGGCUUGCAGUGAAUUACCUGCCACUGCCCCCCAGCAGACCAAGCUUCCCCUGAUCAAGGCAGAAAUCGUAGUCCUCCAGGCCCACCUGGAGUACUGGAGGUCUGUCAAAGGUAAACAACAAAACCUCGUUUUGAACGCCACAUACAAGGAGUGGUUGUACAACCAAUGUCGCCGGAAAGCUCCAAAGCCUCUCGUGAAAUAUGGCAAAAAAUGGACAGCUCACCGGGUGUUAAUUGAGCAGAACAAGGCUUGUAUUCGAGAGGAGACUGGAGAGAUGCCUGGGAGUGAGGCUAUGAUUGCCAAGUGGCCCAAGGCUACCAAGACUGUCCUCACUGGUCUGUCUGCCGAGGAGAAGGAAGAGGCAAAUGUUCUUGCAGAUAAGUGGAACAACGAAGCUGCUCCUCACGAAGUCCAGGCCAAUCUCGCCGAAAUAAAAGGUGCUGAUAUGAUAGAGCACUUCGCAGCUGAAAUGUUCAAACAGGCUGGGAUGAGGGUCUUUGUGAUGUCAGCAUGGAGGGACAGCAGAGGCAAACUGUUGUUAGGAGCACAUGACCACAAUGAUCAAUUUGGAGGCGGUGAAAGCUUCAUGAAGACAAGGAAUUGGGAAGAGAUAUUCAUGCCGGAGUGGCGGAAAUAUGCUGGGGAACAAUUCGAUGUCCAGGAUGAUGAUGCUCCACAGGUCAUCACAUCCAAGAAACGGAUGCAGCAGGAGCUCCUUGACCUGGAAGAAGAUCAUGAGGGGUUGCCUAUGCUAUCCGAUACCUUGGGUUUGAAACGCACCGAACAGCAGCAUGUCAUUCAGUUGUUCUUGACCAAGCAUUACAGGAUGUGCAUAGGAACAGAGAAAGUCAAGGCGGCGGUGCCCUGGGGGGACUUGAUCAAGAAUCAAUCAGAUUUUUUUGAUGGCACCUACUGGCCGGCGGACAUACAGGUGGUGGAACCGUCCAAGAUGGACAAGGCUGGUGCUACUGCUCUGUUGAAUUUCUGGUAUGAUCGACAGCAAAAGAAGCUUCGUCCCACCUUCUGUUUCAAAGCUUGGAAAGACACUGAUGGCAAUAUGGAGCUGCCAGCCAAGUCUUAUGAGAAAGUCAUCCACCGGUUGUGCCGCCGCAACAAGGGCCACAAAGCCCCCAAGGCCACAGAAGCCUCAAAACAUUUACAGGAUAGUGAGGAAAGCUUGGAUAAUAGGGAGGAGUAUCAGUCCUCUGAUGAUGGGGAAGAAGCUAUGAUUUCCAACCAUCACAGAGAGGCGCCGGCCAAGUCUUAUCAAAAAGUCAUUCGCUGGUCAGGUCACCGCAACAAGGUCCAUGCUAUCAUUAGUGAGCAAAGCUUGGAUGAACAAGAAGCCUCUGAUGGUGGUAAGGAAUUAUCAAAGUCCAACAAUGCCAGGGAACAGGAACAACCACCGCCGGCAUUGGUAUGUGCUUUCCAAAUACAAUGA